CUCCUAGCAUCCUGACACUAGCUUCUAUACCACGAUGGGCUUCAUCUACUCUCAGUUGCUGGCAAAAUUGCCGUGCCCAGAGCAGCCUCAAACUGGAAGAACCGUAAUCAUCACAGGCUCCAAUACUGGUCUUGGAAAAGAGGCAGCGAAGCAUUUCGCUCGUCUUGGUGCCGGAAAACUCAUUCUCGCCGUGCGAUCGAUCUCCAAAGGCGAAGCUGCUAAGGCGGACAUCGAUGCCGCGACGAAAUGUGAUAAGAAUGUCAUUGAGAUAUGGGAGCUGGACAUGACCAGUUUCGAUAGCGUGAAGCGAUUCGCCAAAAGAGUCAACGAUACGCUCGACCGGCUGGACGUUUUUAUCGCAAAUGCAGGAGUAGUGCGGAAAGAGUACCAUUUGGCAGAAGGGCUCGAAGAGUCAAUUACGGUGAACUACAUCUCAACCUUUUUGCUCGCGGCCUUGGUCCUCCCAAAGAUGAAGGAGACUGCCAACCUCUUUUCUAUUCGGCCUACGCUUGCCAUUACCAGCUCCGGUGCUCACGCACACAGCUCAUUCCCACAGAAAGACCUGGCGCCAGAGGGCAAGCUCAUCGAGACAAUCAGUGAUCGGGAAAUGUGCACCAAAUACUGGGAUCAGCAAUAUCCACUCAGCAAAAUGCUGGAAAUCUUCGCCGUUCGCAGCAUUGGAGAGCAAUCGCCACAGCAAGUCUUCCCGGUAACUAUAAAUGCCGUAGAUCCAGGGUUCUGUCAUUCCGACUUGGCGAGAGAGCAGUCAUCGUGGGUAUUUUCGAUUAUGAAGACGGUUCUUGCGAGGACUACGGAGCAGGGCAGUCGUACACUGUUUCAUGGCGGAAAUGGUGACCGGCAUACGCAUGGGAGAUAUUUGAGUGAUUGCGUUGUUGCUGAGCCUGCUGAGGUGGUUACGAAGAAUGGUGAUGUGCAAGAGAAGCUAUGGAGUGAGCUCUGUGAAAGGCUGGAGAAGAUCUCACCGGGAGUGAUGGAGAACUUCAAGGCAUAAACGAUGCGAGGAGUGUCGAAGAUGGCCAUCAUGGUUCUUAUACAAUUCUCAGCAGCUUGACGUGGAUCGGACAUUGUUGGAAACUUAAUUAUUGACGUAAGAGUAUUACUCGCCCAGUAACA